AUGGAACAUUUCAAAAAGUAUUCCCGAGCAUCCAAAGAAAAUCCUGUUUUACUUAUAUUCGACAAUCAUGAAAGCCAUAUAAGCAUAGAUGUAGUCAACUUUGCCAAAGAGAAUGGUAUAACAAUAGUAACGAUCCCUCCGCAUUGCAGCGGUAAGCUGCAACCGUUAGAUGUUGCUGUUUAUUCUUCAUUUAAGUCACGUUAUAACAGAGUUUUGAAUAACUGGAUGCUAUCAAAUCCAGGGAAAACGGUGACGAUAUAUAAUAUACCGGAGCUUAUAAAGACAUUGAUGUCAGACGCCUUUAGUCAGGCGAACAUCCUUAGUGGGUUUAGAAAGAGCGGCAUUCAUCCUUUUAAUCCUGAUAUUUUCACUGAGGAAGAAUUCAUGUGCUCUGCAGUCACUGACAGAAGUUUCUUGGGCGAUGACGAUAUGCUUUCUGCUCAUUCGACUCUUCAAGACCAUUCGGCUUGA